GCAUCAUGUCCGCAGUUGGGCAGGUUAGGGGCAGGCGCAGCGGGCAGAGGGCUGGCAAGGGGCGCGGCCAGGGGACUCACCGGGGUCGAAGUGAGAGCUGAAGGCGAAGCUGGGGUUGAAGAAGGACGACGACAUGGCCAGGGCCAGCAGCGCGUCUUGGCAUCCCCCGGCGGGCGCUGCGCUCAGGACGCCCGCGGCCCGCGCCGCGCCAUCACCCGGCCGCCGCAGGGCCAGGAUGGACGAGGACUUCUCCUCCCAGAUGAAGAAGAUGGCCUUGGCCAUGGGCACAUCCCUGUCGGACAAGGACAUAGACCUGCUGCCCACCGACAUGAGGCACCAUGGCUCCUUCAACUACAUCAAGUUCUUCGAGUACAUGCAGAAGUUCCCGGCCUCGGGGCAGCAGGAGAGUGUCAUCCGCAAGGCCUUCCAGACCCUGGACAAGGACAAGAGCGGCUUCAUCGAGUGGAAUGAGAUCAGGUACAUCCUGCACAUCAUCCCCAGCAGCGGGCCCACCACCCCACUGACGGACGAGGAGGCUGAGGCCGUGAUCCAAGCAGCUGACACGGAUGGGGACGGGAGGAUUGACUUUGAAGGUGGGGCAGCAGAGAUGAGAGGGGCAGGGAUACCUCUCAGGACCUUCCUGCCCCCCACUGCCCGUCACUCGCACUCAGUUUGCUCCAUGUCCAGAGCCUGUCUCUGUGCAGGGCUGACCAGGCUCCCCACUGCCAGGCAGGGACCCCAUCCCCCAAAGCUUACAGCCACCUGUGGUGGUCACCAUCGUCCCCGUUCACAGAUGGAGAGGCUGAGUCUCCGGGAUGCUGAGGGGGCUCGGGCAUUUCACCAGGCCCAGGGGAGCUGCUGCAGGUUUCUGAGCAGGGGAGAGGUGGCCCAAGCCGGCUUUGGGGAAGGUCAAGGGGGCAGAUUAGAUGGGGGGUUUCCGAGAUGGGGAGGAAGGUUUGAGGCAGAGACCAGGGCCUGAGGAGCUGCAGAGGUGGACGCAGGUGGAAGGAGGUCAGGUAGGCCAACAGCUGUGUGUGAGUUGAGCGGGCGGGAGGGGGGUGCCCAGGAGGAAAGGCAUUUGUGGGGCAGGCCUUCCCUGAGUCUCCCCAUGGCUGCCCUGGGGUCUGCAUCAUCCUGCUGCCCACCCACCCAGAUGCUGACCCGAAGCCUGGAGGAUGGCCCUGGGAACAGGCAAGCACAGGCUCAGAGCCCCAGACAGACUGGGGAGCUGUCCUCACCCCCCAGGCCUCCACUUGCUGCCCGCAAAUACCAGCAAACCUUGACUUGUGGGGUGGUCGCAAGACUUAAAAGAGGGGCAGCCAGGCCAAGGGGUCUGUUUAGGAUGCAGCCCCCCAGCCUCUCUGUGCCUCAGUUUCCCCACUGAAGGCAUGAUGACCACAGGAGCACCAGCUCAGACUCUGAGGGGAACUGCUGAGGGUUGAUCGUAAGACCCAGGGUGGGUGAGCUCCCCACCGCCAAGCUGGCAGGGCACAGGGCACACGACAACGGUGUGGGGCACUCGGGCAGCCAAGUUCCGGUCCUUCCUGCUCCCUACCCAGGACUCAGGAGGGCAGGAUGCAGGGCCCCCCUGGACCGCGAGGUGCCCCGUCAUAAAGGAGGCUUCCCGCUGGGCCUGCAGGGCUUGGUGGGGCACGAGCCAGGGGGUUAUUUACUAGAAAUGUCUCCUGUUCUAGAAUUUUCUGAAUUGAUCAAAAAGGAGAACAUUGCAAAGAAGAAGUAGCACCACGUCCAGCCCCGGCCGGCUGAGCAUCCCCCAAGGGGCACCG